GUUCGUACUCAUUUCGACACAUAUUUGUAUAAACACUAUAUAUAUUUUAAUUACAUGCACUAUUAAUUUAACAUACAAACAGGCGUAUUUUUCAGCAGGAGAAUUAUUGUCCGCUUCGGGGUCCUAAAUUUCAAAACAAUCGAAAUGGCGGCGUCUGUAAGAUGGAGUCUGUUGCGCUUCAUGUGCUCACAUCAUUUGAGAUUGCCUGUAAAUGACAGAAAUCAGUGUUAUUCAGUGUGGUCUGCCCACAGAAUACAGUCUCAACAGUAUGAAUGCAAGCCAUUCUCAGUGCGAAACCUUUCAGUUUUAACUCAAGACACACCAAACCCCAGAAGUCUGAAGUUUCUUCCUGGUAAACCUGUUCUGGGGAUGGGGACUCGAGAUUUCCCAACAUCAAACUCGGCUGAAAGUUUCCCUUUAGCCAGGGAUCUUUUUCAAAUUGAAGGCAUAAAAAGUGUCUUUUAUGGCCCAGAUUUUAUCACAUUGACUAAGACAGACGAUGAUGUUGAAUGGACAGACAUUAAGCGACAUGCGAUUGAUGUCAUUACUAAGUUCUUUGAGAGCGGAGAGGCCAUCACAACAGGAGCAACUCACGCUGAGAGCAGUGUUACAGAAGAUGAUGAUGAAGUUGUCUUAAUGAUAAAGGAACUUUUAGACACACGGAUCAGACCCACGGUUCAGGAGGAUGGUGGAGAUGUUAUAUUCAAAGGCUUUGAGGAUGGCACAGUGAAGCUGAAGCUGGUUGGCUCCUGUACAGGAUGUCCCAGCUCCACAGUUACCCUAAAAAAUGGCAUCCAGAACAUGCUGCAGUUUUAUAUUCCUGAGGUGGACAUGGUAGAACAGGUUGAGGAUGAAGUGGAUGAGAUCAACAUGAAAGUGUUUACAGAACUGGACAAGACACUGCAAGACUCAUAGUAUGAGAUCCAGCUCUGAAGGACACACAAUUCAAUUGGCUAUUGUUGUCAUAAUUCUAGUGGGAUUCACACACUCCAUAAGAAUGCUGUACAUUAAAGUUGCAGAAUCUAGAAUAUAGUGUAAUAUUUAACCAAGCUCAAAGUUGUAAGUUUUUCUGUUUUUAAUAUGAACUCAUAUGCAAGUGCACUCAUUGAGUUACAAGGAGUCUUAACUAGUUUGCUACUUGUCUGACAGAAAAGGUUAACUUGAAGACGGUUAUGCUUUUAAUUGCAAUGUUCAUUGAACACUGCAAUUUCAUCUAGACGUCUGGUGAGUGCAGUAUUUAAGGGGGAGUUCUUUUAUAGCAUGAAUACAGUGCUGGUAUCCUGAUGCAUUAUUAAACCUGAAAUGAUCAGUUGAAGGAAUGCAGAUCUUUCAGAGGCUUUGAGAAUGUGGUCAGUUGUGAAAAUCUGUAUUCAUGAUCAUCUACGGCUGCCAUCCAGAAGUUCUGGAGGACCUGUGAUGAAAUAAACAGUUGUGUAUAAAUUA